UGUUUCAGGGAGUAGAUGCCUGUGGAGACGAUGCCUAUCGAGCAGGAUACUUUGUCCUAGAUGCUGUCAUGCUUCUUGAGAGUUGUUGGAGCUGUACUCAUCCAGGUAGCAGCAGAGAUCAAUCCUGCAUUGGAUAUUUAUUUUCCUGACAAAACUGAAGUGCAGAUAAUCGCUGAACCAGGCCGGUAUUAUGUGACCUCACCUUUCACACUGGUUGUGAAUAUCAUCGCGAGAAAAAUAGUUGAAAAGUCUCAACCCAACUCCAAUGAUGAGGAGGCCGGGAAUGAGAAGACCAUGAUGUAUUAUUUAAAUGAUGGGCUGUAUGGUUCUUUCUGUAACUCUGCAAACUAUCGUGACCUAUUGAAACCAAUCCUCUAUAAAGUGAGAGUUUUAGAAAAGACUUUUAUAAUAUAAGCAUUGCAUAAUAUAAGAAUGAUGUUUUAUUGCUGUAAAUCGUUGCAGCCUACUGAAGAUCAAUUAUUUCUAAUUAUUUAGCACCAAC